CCUCGACCAGUAGACACGCGAGACAGCGCAUGCGUCUUACUUUUUCUCUCCCUCAGCCUUUGAAACUCGAGGUUGAGUUCAAUCAAGAAAAGACCAUGUACGCCGCCAUAAGCAAGAUAGGCUCCCCUCUUGUCUCUUUUAAAACGAAAUCUCCAUGAAAUAGCGGUGACGCCGCGGCCUGAAGGAUGGCCAACUCGGGUGCCGUUCAGGUGAAACUGGAACUUGGUCACCGUGCUCAGGUCCGGAAAAAACCCACUGUGGAAGGAUUUACCCACGACUGGAUCGUUUUUGUCCGAGGACCGGAGCAAAGUAACAUUCAGCACUUCGUGGAGAAAGUUGUUUUUCACCUGCACGAGAGCUUCCCAAAACCAAAAAGAGUAUUCAAGGACCCGCCGUACAAAGUGGAGGAAUCGGGAUACGCCGGCUUCAUCCUGCCCAUCGAGGUGUACUUCAGGAACAAGGAAGAACCGAAGAAAGUGCGUUUCGACUACGACCUGUUCCUUCACCUGGAGGGACACCCCCCUGUCAAUCACCUGCGCUGCGAGAAGCUAACCUUCAACAACCCCACAGAGGAGUUCCGCAAGAAGCUGCUCAAGGCCGGAGGGCAACGGGAUCCUCAUAAACGAAGCUCGGAAGACUCCAAAGUAAUGGUGAUGCAGGAGGGGGCCACCUCUCUGUUUGGCCAGCACAUGAAGCUGCCCACGCUCCCCGCCAGCACCCUCGCGUCCGGCCUGUCGGACGCCAAGAAGAGCAAGAACUUCCACGGGUCAAAGGACGGCCCCAAAGGAAGCAGCACUGCCCUCCUCACCGCCUCCACCACCUCCACCACCAGCAACAACACCCCCGCCAACCACAACAACAACAACACCACCACCAACAACAACAACAGCAGCAGCAGCUUCUUCAAACUCCACAAGGCCUCCAUGGAGCACAAGGAGAGGCCGGCGAAAGACUUGAAAGAGCCCAAAAGUGCCUUACACAGAGACUCCGGCUGGGCGCCCGGCCACGCCCCCAAAGAACCUUCCAGGAAACCCAAAGAGAACCAGCCCCUUCGAGACAUUAACCCCAAGAUCGGCUUCAAGGAGCCCAAGUCCCUCUCCUCCAAGGAGCGGCGGAGCGAGGGCCCGUGCCUCGGCAAGCGGCCCCCGCCGCCGCCUCCGCCGCCGGGCCCCCACAACGGCGAGGAUCAUCGUCAUCACGUGACCAAAAAGCGGAAAGAUCUGGCGGGCAAGCAGGGCUUUGCGUCGGACGGCCAGCAGCACGCCGCGGAUAAGAGGCCGCCAAAGGACAGGGCUCGGGCGGGGAAACCCAGGGCGGACCCCCCCGGCGAUAAGGGGGACCCCCGGAGGGUGGACCCCGGCGAUAAGGGGGACCCCCGGAGGGCGUACUCGUUGCCGUCGUUCAAGGGGCCGGUGGAGCCGGUGGAUUCGGACGCGGAGGACGCGGUCAAGUCGGACUCAGAACAGCCCAGUCCAGCAAGCUCCAGUUCCAGCUCAGGAUUUAGUCACACGCGCCACAAGCCUCAAGUGGUGGACUUGAUCGUCAGAAAGAGGGUGGCUCUGCCUGGUGCCAAUCACACAGUGCUGGGCUCCAUGCAGCCGUCGGUCAUCCCCGACCUGCAGUCUGAGUCGGAGGACGAGUCGGAGGACGGCGAGGGCGACCGCGACGGGGACUCUGACUUUGAGCUGCACGCGCAAGCACACAACACGCACGUGCAGACGCUCACGCACACGCCGCAUCUGCAGCGCAGGUCCGUGCACAGGGUCAGCUUGAGUGACGGCAGUGAGAGUGAAAAUAGCUCCUCCCCCUUGCCCGCCUCCCAUGGCGAGGCCCCGCCCUUUAUGAAAAACGCCAAUAGCCAGAUCCUGGAGGUGACGAGUCCCAGCCGGCACAGCAAGCAGGACAAGAGCAAGAGUCUAGAUUGCGACAAGACGUAUCUGGACGAGCUGGUGGAUCUGCACAGGAGACUGAUGACGCUAAGAGAGGGCCACAUACUGCAGCAGAUCGUGAACCUCAUCGAGGAGACGGGCCACUUUCACAUCACCAACACUACUUUUGACUUUGACCUCUGCUCACUGGACAGGAGCACCGUGCGGAAGCUCCAGAGCUACCUGGACGUCUCCGGUCUUUCCUGAAGCCCCCCCCCCCACACACACACACCCCCCCCGCCCCUCCUCCUUCUGAACUUUAUGAAUAAACUUGAACUUUAACUUGCAGUGUAACC